GUGUCAGAUCCAUCAGUCCUGCCUGCGACCUCCGACCACGGACUCAUCCUGAAGCAAGUCGAGUUUUACUUUUCCGACCAGAACCUCCCCCGCGACAAGUUCCUCUGGAAGACGACGAGCGCGAACGACGGCUGGGUGCCGAUCUCCACGAUUGCGAACUUUGCGCGCAUGCGCCGUUUCCAGCCGUUUGAAGAGGUCGUGGCUGCGCUGCGCGAGAGUAAGGAGUUGCUCGAGGUUGACGAGGAAGGCACGAAAGUGCGACGGAAGGUGCCGAUCAGCGCGCCCGCGCCGGAGGAGAAGAAGCAGAUUGAUUUGAAGUCGUUGUACGUCGAGGGCUUUGGCGAGGAGACGCCGACGAGUCAGUUUGAUAUCGAGUCCUUGUUUGAGAAGGCGAGCGGGCCUGUUGUGAAGCAGGUCCGGCUGCUGCGAGAUUUCUCAAAGAAGUUUGUCGGGAGCGUGUUUGUCGAGUUUGCGUCGGCGGAGGACGCAAAGUCGUUUGCAGAGUCGAAUCCCGAGCUCGAGUUCAACGAGAAGAAGCUCAAGGUUAUGCCGAAGGAGGAGUUCUUG